AUGAAUGACGACGACGAUAUUGAUGAAGAAUAUGAAGAAUCGUUACUUGUUCAAAUAGAAGAAGAACGUCUUGCCAAGAAGAAUUCAAGGAGAGGUCAUCGUGGUUCUGUUAUGGGUCACGAUAUUGUUGAACGUGAUCCAAUCGAGGGUCACGAAAGACUAAAUCGUGACUACUUUGCCAAUCCUCCAAAAUAUGGGGCUCGUCUCUUUCGAAGGAGGUUCAGAAUGAAGCAAGCUCUUUUCCUUCGAAUUCAUGAUGCUGUCGUUGCACACGAUAAUUAUUUUGUUCAAAGAAGGAAUGCUACUGGGCGUCUUGGUUUGUCAUCGCUUCAAAAGGUAACGGCUGCUUUUCGAAUGCUUGCUUAUGGUGUUCCAGCCGAUUAUGUAGAUGAGUAUGUGCAGAUUGGUGAAAGCACCGCUAUAGAAAGUCUCAAAAGAUUCGUCGUAGCAGUUGUUGAAGUGUUUGGUGAUGAGUACUUAAGAUCGCCAAAUAGUGAUGACCUCACGAGAUUACUUGCAAAAGGUGAAGAGCGUGGCUUUCCUGGGAUUGAAUUGGCUGAAGGGCGUGCUCCUCCUAUUAGCUAUAAAGUCAAUGGUAGAUCAUAUGAUAUGGGAUAUUAUCUUGCUGAUGGUAUAUAUCCAUCAUGGGCAACAUUAGUGAAGACUAUUCCAGCUCCUCAAGGAAAUAAGCAUAGACAUUUUGCUAAAGAGCAAGAAGGGGCAAGGAAAGAUGUGGAGCGUGCAUUUGGGGUGCUUCAAGCGCGUUUUGCGAUUGUCCGAGGGCCAGCAAGAUUUUGGGAUAAGGAUAUCCUAAAAUAUAUUAUGACAGCAUGCAUAAUCAUGCAUAAUAUGAUUAUUGAAGACGAGCAUGAUGAACAUGAGCAUGAUCGUAGACCAAGACAGAUGCAUGAAAUUGAAAAAUUAUAUGAUAGAGUUGCUGACAUUCCACGUAUAUCACCUUCUCUUGAGCGUACACCAACUCUAAUGGAAUUCAUUGAAAAUCGUCAUCGGAUUAGGGAUAAACAAAUGCAUACUCAACUCCAAGAGGAUCUUGUCGAGCACUUAUGGAAAGUACAUGGAGGACAAUAG